AUGGACUUUCUCCUUAUCCUCGCCGCGCUGGCGGUUAUCCUCCCCAGCCUGUACAUGUACCUGGCCAGCGUCGCACAAACGAGCUGGCCGGCCCUCAAGAACAAGCGCAUCUGCCUCUUGAUUGCGCACCCGGACGACGAGGCCAUGUUCUUUUCUCCUACGGUCCUGGCCCUCACGAGACCCGAGACGGGUAACCACGUAAAGAUCUUAUGUUUGAGCACUGGGAACGCAGAUGGACUAGGAGAUGUUCGCAAGAAGGAACUAGUCAAGAGCGGCAUGACGCUGGGCUUGAGCGACGAGGAUGAUGUGUUUGUGGUGGACAACCCGACCGACUUUCCCGACUCAAUGACCAGGAUGUGGGACAAGAACAUGAUCGCCGGCCUCCUCGGCAGCGCCUUUGCGCCCCAGUUCGGCCACCAGCGCGCCAACAACAUCCAACCCACGGCCAACAUCGAUGUGCUCAUCACCUUUGACAGCUACGGCGUGUCGUCGCACCCCAACCACAUCUCGCUGUACCUCGGCGCGCGAUCCUUCGUCCAGGCGCUGACCAGCGAGUCGGCGUUCCCGAGCCCCGUCGACCUGUACACGCUCACCACGGUGGGCAUUGCGCGCAAGUACUCGUCCUUCCUGGACGCCUUUGCGACGCUUCUGUCUCGGAAGAGCGCCAAGGACGAGGACAAGGCGCACCCCGAGUCUCUUGUCUUUAUGAACCAGCUUGUCGGUGGUCAUGCGUUCGGUACGGCCUGGCGCGCCAUGACGGAGGCGCACAAGAGCCAGAUGGUGUGGUUCCGCUACGGCUGGAUCACUCUCAGUCGAUACAUGGUUAUCAACGAUCUGCGCCUAGAGAAGUUCAAGGCGCAGAAGUGA